CGGAGAUCAAGAAGGCUGUGGGGUACCAAAAGAUCCGUUUGUUUUCUGAUUUGGUUGACAGUUGUAGGAUCUUUGAGGAAGAUAGUAAUGCUCAUCACAAGAUGGUUAGUGAUAGAAGGGGCAAGAAUCAACAAAGCCGUGGGAAACCAUAUGAUGCUGGUAAAGGGAAACAAAGAGUUACUCAUGGUCAGAGGUCUAGUGGGGGAGAUGCUCCUGCUAGGAUUGUAUGCUUCAAGUGUGGUCAACCUGGUCAUAAGAGCAAUGCUUGUACUGCUGAUGCGAGGAAGUGUUUCAGAUGUGGUAAGAUGGGACAUGCAAUGUCUGAUUGCAAGCAUAAGGACAUGGUAUGUUUCACGUGUGGCGAAGAGGGACACAUUGGUAGCCAGUGUCCAAAGAAGAAGGCACAAUCUGGUGGAAAAGUGUUUGCUUUAGCUGGGACUCCUACAGCUAGUGGAGACCGACUCAUCAGAGGUAAUCCAGAUGAGUAGCUGUUUCCGCUUAUAGUCGAGUUUUUGGUGUCAUUGCUCUGAUACGUAGCACUCGGGGGGAAAAUGAACACUUGCUUGAUGUUGUUAUUUGUUGAUUGAACCUUAUGAUGUAUUUGAGGAGUUGUUUGUAUUGUUGCUUUUUAUGAUUCAAAAGAUGCUAUGUCUUAAUUGUUGAAUCAUUGUGAAUCCGUUGCAUGUUGAACAUAAGUUUGGAAUAUGCUAUGAAUACUAUGCUAUUCAUAA